AUAGUCGUUCUCAUCAAAGUUUAUAGAAAAAUCCGGUGAUUGCCAAUUUGGCCUGUACGAAAGCUUUUGGUGUUGUAACAACAGAAUAACAUGGAUGAUUAUCGAUUUCGCACUCAGCAGUCUCCGAGAAACGAGGCGCCGAUGAAUUCUCUUGUCUCACCGCAGAGAAAUGGCAGGCCCAUGCCUCAGCCAGUCUCGCAAGACCCUCGAACCACUUUGCCUCGACGGUUCACUACCGAUUCGGGGCGUGUACCAACAUUGUCCACCAUAUCUACCCAGCGAAUGCCUGAAUCACAAGAAUAUUCUGCCACCCAAUAUAAAGUACAACUGUUAGAGAAAAAGAAACUCGAGUAUGAGAAGCUUCGGGAACAGAAGCGGCGCUUCGAGGCCGAGAUGCAUAAAUUGGACCAGCAGCAGCGGCGGGAGGAAUUCGAUAUUGCCCAGAUGCAGGAGGAUCUAGGGCGAGGAAACGGUUUGGGAUUGACAGGUCACCAGUCUGAGCCGACUACACCGCCCGAGUAUCGAGACACGAGCUCGGGAUUCCCUACCAUGUUCUCCCGUCCCAAUCGAUAUUCGACACCUAGCCUCGGCAUCGUAUCUCCGCCGGGGCUCUUUAAUCGACCGGGGAGAUCUGGCUCUCAGCUCACAUCUCCUCAGUCCGGCAUUCUUCAAUCUCGUUUUUUCGACGAUGCCAUACCGUCACGUUCUGUGCCGGGAUCUCGGAGGAAUAGCGACGAGGAUGAGAAGGAGGAGGCUCUUCGCCAAGAUCCUACGAGCCAUCGAUCAACUAACGCUCUUAAUCGAUAUUCGAUGCCCGUUACCCGUCGCGGCAAUCUCUAUGACAACAUCGACCAAACCAACACGACUGGUUUCCUAUUCAGAGACGAUGAAUCGUCGAUGGACCUAAAUAACUUUUCUAAUAUUGACGCUAGUGAAGACAGCUUUCCUCAGCUGUACGCACAGAAGGGAAAUCCCAACGUGUUAUCUGCUUCUUCUGCUGCAGUCGACCUCGCCUCUCACCGUGCAAGUGGUGAAGCUACACCUACUAACGGCUGGGCCAAUAUUCCUCGCCAUCGACAACAACAAAGCCUCUCUACUUUAGGAUCAUCCCAAAUGAACACUGCCGACGGAAUGGCUACUAACCAAGGCGGAUCGUCGGCUGACGGCGCUUCCGUUACUAAUCGCCCUUUCCGCCAUUCUCUCGACGUGAAUCAGUACAGAGAGACCACUACUGACACGACAACUACCUCGACUAUGUCUUCCUCUUCUACUCAGGUGCUCUCUACGCCUCCUAAAUUACAGACGUCCUUCUCCGCAGGUGAUGUGGCUGCUGCCAAGAACGUCCCCAGUGCUACUUUGACUCCGUCGGGUAAUGCGAAUGCGCAUGCGCAACAGCACUUCCACAAUCACAAUGCGAGCAUUGGCCGUAUCCCCCCCGGCGCUAUGAAGCGUCAUAGCCGCGAGCUAUCUAACGAUAACCACAUUGCUGCCGCCCAAACUGGACCAGCAUAUCCUUCUAUUUCAUCGCAGCUGCAGGGUGGUGCUCCUGCAUUUGGUCCGAUUGCAUCCAGCCAGUCCGCCAUUCAAUCGCCCGCCCCUGCCGGAACAGCUUCUGCUGGCUCUCCUUCUUCGAUUGGGCCUUACCCACAACAGUACUACGGCGGAUAUAGCCAGCCUACCCCCAACGGGCCUGGCCCUGGGUACAACAUGAACAUGAUGACAAUGGGCAUGCAAAACUUGGGCUUGAACAACUACCCGCCUCAGAAUUAUGUCGGGUAUAAUCCUAUGUACCAGCCCCAAGCACAGCCUCGUGAUUCCCAGCAGCGUGUCAUGCAGCAGCGCCGUGCUCAGGAUAACGAGGCAAUGACCCGUUACGCCAAUUUGUCCUUGGAGCAAGUAGGAGGUACAAUCUAUGAUCUGUGCAAGGAUCAGCACGGCUGCCGAUACUUACAAAAGCAGCUUGAGAAUCGAAAUCCUGAACAGGUUCACAUGAUCUGGCUAGAGACGAAUCAGCAUGUCGUCGAGCUUAUGACGGACCCCUUUGGAAAUUACUUGUGCCAAAAGCUUCUGGAAUAUUGCAACGACGACGAGCGCACUGUGCUGAUUCAAAACGCUUCUGCGGAGAUGGUGCGCAUUGCGCUCAACCAGCACGGCACGCGUGCUUUACAGAAGAUGAUUGAGUUUGUCUCGACCCCUACACACGUCCAACUCAUCAUUGAGGCCCUGCAAUACCGAGUUGUCGAACUCAUUCAAGAUCUCAAUGGAAACCACGUGAUCCAGAAGUGCCUCAAUAAACUGAGCCCGGAAGAUGCUCAAUUUAUCUUCAGCGCAGUCGGUAACAAUUGCAUUGAAGUAGGUACCCAUCGUCAUGGAUGCUGUGUCCUCCAGCGAUGCAUCGACCACGCCUCGGGGGAGCAGAAGAUGUGGCUUGUUAGUAAAAUCACCGAAAAUGCCACUCGACUUGUACAAGACCCCUUCGGCAAUUAUGUGGUUCAAUACAUCAUCGACCUGAAUGAGUCCGUCUUCACCGAACCGUUGAUACAGCAGUUCCGUGGCAAGAUCAGCCAGUUGUCCCGUCACAAAUUCAGCUCCAACGUUAUGGAGAAAUGUAUCCGCUGUGGCAAUGACGACUCGAAAGACAUGAUGGUCAACGAACUGCUGGCUCCGGGUGAGAUGGAGCGCCUGCUACGCGAUUCGUUUGGCAAUUACGUUGUGCAGACCGCCUUAGACCAUUGUACUUACCAUAUGAAGAUCCCGCUGGUUGAAGCCAUCCGUCCGAUUGUUCCCACUGUCAGAAACACUCCGUAUGGCCGUCGUCUUCAGGCCAAGAUCCAACAGCACGACACCCGAAGCGCCAAUACCAGUGGACAGGCAACUCCCGCUGACCCAACCCAAGGUCAAAUUGCAAUUCGUCCCCCCCACACUCGCGCCAUGACGAGCCAGGGUAUCGUAGCGCCACCUGGUCCCUAUACAAACGGCCACAGUCCCAACGGCAUUAAUGGCACUCGAGGCAGAAUGGGAUAUCCGCCCCCUAACGGCAUGGGCGUUUCCGGCGUCCCUGGUAAUGCCCCUCCACCACCACCGCCGCCGCGAAUGGCCCAGUACCCCACAUACCCUGGUGCUGGUGUUAACCCCGGAUCUGGCGAAGGUGAUUUCUUCUAGAUACUUCUUAUAUCUACUGCGAUCACGAGACUUGUAACGGUACGAUAAUGAAUUCGGACGAUAAAUCAUUUUCGGUGGAAUUUUCCUUGGUCGUUAAUUACGCGGUCUUUG